UUAGUUCCGAACAACUAAGUUUAGAAAAAUAAAAGGUAUCCAUUAAGAUAUACUUAAAAAUGGAUGAAAAUGAUGAAUUACAAAAUUUAUUUCUAUGGGUCCGUGAUCGACUUGAUUCAAGAAAUGAUAAAAGAGAAAAGAUACUCAAGUUUAGUCGUGAUAUAACAAAUGAAAGUAAAAAAGUCAUUUUUAGUUUACUCCGUAAAGGCAUUCCUACUGAAAUGUUACUUAGUGAAGCAGAGAUAAAAUUGCAGUUUUUAAAAAAGCUUCUAAGUUAUAUAUCCGAAGAACUAAAAGAAGAAGAUGCAUAUAUGUUUCAUAAAUCAUUUUCUUUUGGAGUUCAAGAGUUUAUUGAGGCUGUUUCACUUUAUUUCUUUAUUAAAAAUGAAACAUUAAUCGAAUUUGACAAUGUUUGUAACCAGUAUUUUAUUUUUCACGGCUCAAAGUCUUUUUUAUUUCCACAAGACUAUCUUGGGGGAAUCGCAGAUUUAACAGGUGAACUUAUGCGAGUUGCAGUGAACAGUUUGGGAGUGGAUGACAAUUUAAAUAUUACCAAGAUAUGUGAGUUUGCCAGAUUGGUAUAUAAACAAUUUUCUGUAUUUGUUAGUUUGGAUCCUGAGUUAUUUAGGAAAGUUUGUGUUAUGAAAAGCAGUUUAAUAAAAAUUGAAAAUACUAUUUAUAUUUUGAAAGUCAGAGGAGCAGAAUUAUCAGAAAACUUUACUCCAACCAGUUUCCAAUUUGAAAUGGAAUGUCCUGAAAAUGAUAUUUGAUUCUAAUUUUAAUAGAAUUUAUAAAGUAACCUAUAGAGAAAUUGAGUAAAAAUAUACGUUUUUUAUUUAACAAUCUUUUAGAGUAGGUAAAAAAAAGGAAAAUUAAGUUAUAUAGACAUUUGAAGUAGCUAAUAAUUGGAUUGAUCUGUGCUAUUUUCAACUACUUAAAAAUAAUGGCAAUCGGUUAACCUACUUUUUAAAACAAUAAUAAAUAGGCUUGACUUAUUAUAUCAAAUUCUUGAAAUUUUAUUUUAGAAAAUGUACAAAUAAUUUAUUAUCAGUUUUGUGUGAUAAACCUUAAACAGCUUAAA